AUGCACAGGCAGAGUUUCGAAGCUAUACAACUCAACACGGUCGAUCUCGAGCGCCGGCGAGCGAGCGAUCUCAGCUGUGCCCGUCGAUGUCGAUGGCCGGUGGUCGCCUGCCCGCCGUCUUCAAGCGCCUCCUCCAGUUCACUGGCAUCUCUGUUGCCAUAGCUGUUGCCGUGAAGCCCCUGACGACGUCGUCGCUGCCGCCUCCGGUCGACCCGCACGCUAAGGCUAAGCUCGCCCGUGGCGACGGGUGGGAUGCGGCACUCCUCGAGCCGCUCAACGCCGGCCUCCGCGGGGAGAUACUCAGGUACGGCGACCUCGCGCAGGCCACCUACGACGCCUUCGACAACCGUUAUUGGUCCCGGAACUGCGGCACCUGCCUCCACGGCCUCCGUCGCAUGCUCCCGGCGCUCGGGCUCGCCGGCCACGGGUACGUCGCCACCGCGUUCAUCUACGCGACCUGCGACGUCGAUAUCCCCCGGUGGCUCAUGGCGCGGCUCCACGCUGACGCCUGGGACGACCACGCCAACUGGGCCGGGUACGUCGCGGUCGCCGGGGCGGAGGAGGCCAGCCGCGUCGGUCACCGGGACGUCGUCGUCGUGUGGCGCGGCACGAUGGCGGCGGAGGAGUGGUUCAUGAACCUGAGGACGAGCUUCGUGCCGUUCGACACCGCCGCCGGCGACGGCGCCAUGGUGGCCGAGGGCUUCCACACCUUGUACACGUCCAGCAACGCCGGGGACAGCUACGGCGCGCGCAGUGCCCGUGACCAGGUCGCCGACGAGCUCAAGCGGCUGGUGGAGCACUUCGGGAAGCGCGGCGAGGAGGUCCGCGUCACCUUCACGGGGCACAGCCUCGGCGGCGCGCUGGCCCUGCUCUCGGCCAGGGACGCCGCGGCGGCGCACCCGGGCGUCCCCGUCCGCGCCGUGACCUUCUCCGCGCCGCGCGUCGGCAACAGGGCCUUCUCCGACGGCCUCACAUCGCGCAACGUCAGCGUCCUGCGCGUCGUCGUCAUGACCGACCUCGUGCCGCUCCUCCCCCGGACGGCGCUCGAGGCCUCCGUCGCCGGAGUGGUGGGUGGCCUGUGGGCGCUGGCCGGCCUCCGGCAGGCGUCCGCGUACGUGCACGUCGGCCACGAGCUCGCGCUGAACGUCUCCAAGUCGCCGCACAUAAAGGACUCUCCCGACCGGGUGGGAUCUCAUAACCUGGAGCUGUGCUUGCACCUGCUCGACGGCCAUGAGACCGCCGCCGGCGCGUUCCGGCAGGACGGUGCGCCGCGGCGAGACGUGGCGCUGGUGAACAAGCGAUCCGCGAUGCUGCACGACAAGGAGGGCAUUCCGGAGGAGUGGAGCCAGAUGGCGAACAAGGGGCUCGAGCGUGACGGGUCCGGCCGGUUGGUGGUGCCGGAGCGGGAGCUCGACGACAUGCCGAUGGCGGACGACGUGCUGCCGGUGUCGGAGCUGGACUAAUGCGUCGGAUGACCCGCGUGUGUUGUGUGUGCUACUACGCUCAGAAACACUUCUCGUUUCAUGUCUUUGCACGUGCUCCCAGUGUCAGCUUGCUUAGUGUGAUGAUGUGUUAAGUAAGUAAUUAGUUUGUUCAUAAACUGUA